GACAAAUUGAGGGCUCAACCAGUAUUGCUGCUGUGUUGGAUUUCCUGAUCCGUUCAAAGUCCAAUUCAGUGGUGUCGAUCCCGACUAGUCUUGCCUCGGUCAAUGAAGAAGAAACGCCCAUUUUUGAUUCACCGGUUAUUGUUGAUGAUGACACCACUGCAGGUUGCAUUGUUGCUGAUUCAUGCACAGUGGUCUUCAAAGGAUUGUCUGAGCCUCCCUUACGUUUUCAGCCGAAAUGUGGGGCUACAAUUGAGGAAUUUUCCAAAGCACAGUCCAAACUUGCGGGACCUUUUGACAUCGUCAGUAUCACCAUGAAUGGAAGAGCCCUUGACCAUGGACAUGUCAUGGAAGUAGGUCAGUUGAUCGUCAUGGAGGUUGUUUCUGAUUCAACUCUCCCCAAAACCAACGAUCUGGAUGCGAUUGUCUCACCUACUGUUGCUUGGACUCAACCAGCUAUUGAAUGCGAAGACAUUACCUCACCCCCUAGAAAGGUUUCCAAAUUCGAUGUGGGUGAAUGUGUUAUCCCCGCUAUGGUGAUGCCUGAUGACCGAUCAUGGUUAGAUGCCUCUGCGUUGGUUGGCUUGCAGGGCCAACAAUUUUUGAAAUUGCAGAUGCCAUGCAUUCAGAACGCACAACAGCUAUGGUCCUUGCGACACCAGUACCUGCGUACUCAAGACCGCCUUGCCAUCAUUGAAUCCCAGGAACAGUAUUGGGCUGAUGAUGAAAUCAGGUUUCACAUGAAUGCUGUGGUUCAAGCGUUUCAAGAAUCUCAACUCAAGCAGGGACGGACCCAACCAGAAGUCUGUAUGAUUGAUCCUUUAGUUUUUGCGGCCUGGGUCCAGAACAAAGGAUUUGACCUUCAGCUUUGGGCCAAGGAUCACCCUGAGAUUUUUCAAAAGAACAUCCCUGUCGUGACUGUUGCCUUGUUGGACCAUCAUUGGGUCCCCAUUUUCAUGUCUCCUUUGAGGGGUAUUCUUCAAGUCCACACAUGGGAUGGAAUGGGCGCUUCACAUGAAGGUUUGGAUGCUCUCCUCCAAAGCCUGGCCAUUGCAUUGGGAUUUCAGCAAGCUAUGAUCCUCCGAGAACAUAGAUUGUUCUUCACUUCCGAACUCUGUGGGGCUUUGGCCAUUGCGUUUCUCAGAUUCGUUUUAAUGGGCACCCUCUUACCCACAGAAUGUACAGAAGCGACGGUCAUUCAUUGCAGAUUGCGAGACAUUUAUGUCCAGGAACUCCAGCGAUGCCAAAUCGCACGACGACCAUGGGUAUGGGGUGCGGGGGAUCCACCCAAAACCUGCCCUGUAGGUGGUUCCUCCAGCGACUUGCAUUUGGCUGUCAACAUCACCAGAGACCAAAGAAUUGACCUUAUUAAUGAAAAAGGUUUUGCCAUGGGAGAUGAUGAGAUGCGUUUCCAUGUUCUGCAAUUGGUGGCCAACCAACCACUUCAAAGUGGUGAUCCCGACCGAAAGUUCACGACCAUGGAACCAUUGAUUUUCAAUUGUUGGAACUCCAUCGGCAGGAUCCCGGGAGGUUUGCCUGAUCAUGUCAUGUGCGGUGCUCAUGCCCUGUCCUUCUUGGCACACGUGGUUAUGCAUAUGCCUCUGCCUGCUGACCUGAUGGAACUCCGUACCUUGCACACCAACAUGAGGGCACCUUUUGUGGCCCACCUGUAUGCCAUUGGAUACACCCCCAAACCAGUGGUAUGGGGAAACGGUACCCCCAGGGAAUCCGGGCAACUCCCUAUAAUGCCCGAAGAAGGAUCCUUUGAGUCCCAGGAUCAGGAUGAAGCGAGACAACGGCGCUUGCACAUGCUCUCUACUCAUAGCUAUGCCAUGGGAGACGAUGAGAUUGAUUUCCAUUUGCUUCAUUUGCUUGACUGCCAUACCCAAGGACCACGUGAGGUCGGACCGAUUCGUCAUUUCGUCACAGUCUCACCCCGCAUCCUGGUUGAUUGGCUCAGAGGGGAUGACUCUGCAUUCCAAGAAUGGAAAGCUGAACAAUGGUCUUGUGACAAACACUUCAUUGCUAUUCUCCUGUUGAAUCAACAUUGGAUCCCUGUUUGGAUUGCUCCGUUGGAUGAAACUGCCACUUGCCAUACCCUGGGUGACUUUGCCCAAGACGAUGCAGAAGUGGAAUUCCUUUUCCGUGAACUCUCUGUCUUCCUGGGUUUUCAAGAUGUUGUGAUACAUCGUGUCCCCCAUGGUGUUGACGUUACCCGUCGUUGUGGUGCUAUGUCGAUUUGCUUCCUUGCUCACAUCGUCCUGAGAACUAGGUUGCCAUGGGACUCACAGCAGUUGUCUCACCGAUGUUGGCGAAUGAAAGAAAUGUUUGCUGAAGCCAUUCAGACAUCCGACAUCCACGCCAUGGUGGUUGACUUGCCUGAUUCCUUAACCUGUUCAGGAUGGUCCUUGGCGCCCACUACAGGGAUUGA